AUUAUAAUAUUUAAAACAAAAUAUUUUUAAAGAGUUUUCAUCUGAAAAGAAGUCAAGUUUGACGGACUAUUCAACAGGCCAAUGACUAGAGUCCUCCAUAUCCACGUGACCAGAGAGGUGUAUCACGUGUCAACGGAAGAAGAUGCUUUUGUUUUUCCCAAGGAAAAAAGUCGGGGAACAAUGUUUGGAAAUGCGAUUUUCCAGCCAUAUCACACAUUUAUCCCAAUAGCAAAAUCGCAGUCGCAUACAGAACAUGACCUCUUCUGGAAUAUUUGAGCCCCGUUUUGGAGUCUCGAAGCUUGUUUGACGCUCCGUUUGGAAAUUCCUUGAAGCUGCAGAGAUUGAAGCGGAAGAAGGGAAUUUCGCAGGGACGAACCGAGUGAUGGCUCCGGAUUAAUUUAUGAACUUCUUGCAAUGUUUCUCAGCUCAAUUCGGAUUCGUUCUAAAUCAUAUCUAUGUUCUAAAUCACAGAUUAGUCUCUGUGUGUUAUUAAUGUCAUAAUUUAAACCAAACGUUAGCGAUCUAGAAGCUCAAAAUGGCGGAGGGCAGGCCCAUCCCCCAGGCCCUGUUCCUGCUCAUAGUGAGUGUCGUGGGCCUGGACACUUGCCCUUCUCCCUGUUCGUGUUCUGGUGGUCCGGGAGCAGCACAAUUGCUGGAUUGUAAUAGGAAAAGACUGACUGCAGCAGCUCUGGAAGCUCCAGCCUGGGUCACCCACGCGUCUAUAAAUCAGAAUGAACUUACAGCAGUGCCUUUUCUUGGAGACGCCUCAUCCAACAUCACUGUGCUGUCACUUGUUCAUAACCGAAUCUCUGAAGUGGUGGCGGAGCAGCUGUUGCCAUAUUCAUCACUGGAAAGUCUAGACUUGAGCUCUAAUUCUAUAUCAGAGCUUAAAGCUGGAUCAUUCCCUCCCAUGCAGCUAAAAUACCUCAACCUGAGCAAGAACAAGAUAAGUUCCCUGGAACCUGGCUGUUUCGGAAACAUCAGCUCUCUUCUGGUGUUGAAGAUAAACCAGAACAGACUCUCUCUGCUGCCCGAUAAAGUCUUCACCCUCUCUCAGCUCCAAGUCUUGGAGUUAAGGCGCAACAGGAUCCGUGUCGUGGAAAGUCUCAUUUUCAAAGAGCUGAAGGCUCUUAAAUCACUGAAAAUGCAGCGCAACGGCAUCACAAAGCUGAUGGAUGGAGCGCUCUUUGGUUUAGAAAACAUGGAGGAGCUAGAAUUGGAGUACAAUAAUCUGACGGAGCUGAAUAAAGGCUGGCUGUACGGACUUCACAUGCUCCGUAUUUUACGUGUCAAUCAAAACAACAUCGGACUCAUCCGAGCUGAUGCCUGGGAGUUUUGCCAUCGCUUGGAGGAACUAGACUUGUCCUUCAAUCACUUGAGUCGUCUGGAGGAUUGGGUGUUUGCAGGUCUCAGUCUCCUGCAGAGUCUCAAUUUAGGGGACAAUCAAAUCUCACACCUGGGAGAAGGAGUGUUCAGCAGCCUGGCUAAUGUCCGCACACUGGACAUCCGCAAUAAUGAGAUAUCCCUUGCCAUCGAGGACUUCAUUGGCAUGUUUGUGGGUCUGAAGAGGCUGAAUUCACUUGUUUUACAGAAUAAUAAAAUCAGGACCAUCACUAAGAGAGCUUUCGAGGGUCUGAUGGAGCUGGAGAAUUUGGACCUGAGUAAGAAUGGCAUCAUGUCUAUUCACCCGGACGCUUUCACUCAUUUAAAGCUUAAAACACUUGAUCUGAACAGCAGCAGUCUCCUGUGUGACUGUCAGCUUCAGUGGUUGGGCCAGUGGUUGAUUAACAGCCGCUUUCAGCAGUCCUGCACUGCUGUCUGUGCUCAUCCCGCCUCCCUGGCCGGAUCUAGUGUGCUUGCUGUUAAACCAGAGGAGUUUGUCUGCAGUGAUUUUCCUAAACCCCAGAUCACAGCUCACCCAAAGACUGCUGUUGCGUUACGUGGGACAAACGUCACUCUGAACUGCUCCGCCUUCAGCAGCAGUGACUCUCCCAUGAGCACGGCCUGGCGCAAAGAUGGAGAGGUGCUGUAUGAAGCUCAGGUGCAGAACUACGCUCGCUACCAGGACCAGCGCCUCCUCUACACCACCAUACUCCAUCUGCUCAACGUCAAUUUCACAGACGAGGGCCAGUACCAGUGUGUGCUCUCCAACCAUUUCGGCUCAAACUACUCCACUCUGGCCAAGCUCACUGUUAAUGAGCUCCCGACCUUCCUGAAGACGCCCAUGGAUCUGACCAUCCGCACUGGGACUGUUGCGAGGUUAGAGUGUGCUGCAGAGGGACACCCGACACCCCAGAUCGCUUGGCAAAAAGACGGUGGUAUCAAUUUCCCUGCUGCUCGUGAAAGAAGGAUGCAUGUCAUGCCAGAUGAUGACACUUUCUUCAUCGCUAACGUGAAGGCAGAAGAUAUGGGCGUCUACAGCUGUACAGCCAAAAACGAGGCAGGCAGCCUGUCAGCCAAUGCCACCCUCACUGUGCUAGAAACUCCAUCCUUCCAGCGUCCCCUAGAGGAUCGUAAUGUUGCCCGAGGAGAGACCGCUGUCCUCCAGUGUAUAGCUCGUGGUAGCCCCGCCCCCCGCCUUAACUGGACCAAAGACGAUGCUCCAUUGGUUCUAACGGAGCGUCACUUCUUUGCUGCAGCCAAUCAGCUCCUCAUAAUUGUUGAUGCAGGACCUGCUGACGCAGGGAAAUAUACAUGCAUCAUGUCUAACACACUUGGCACUGAACGUGGCCAUAUCUACCUCAGCGUCUCACCCUCAGCCAACUGUGACCCGGGGAGCAGCGUUUACGGGCAUGACGGAUGGACGACGGUUGGCAUUGUGGUCAUGGUGGUCGUUUGCUGUGUUGUCGGCACCUCACUUGUGUGGGUCAUAGUCAUUUACCAUAUGAGGAGGAAGAGUGAGGACUACAGCAUUACAAACACAGAUGAGAUGAACCUACCAGCAGACAUUCCCAGUUACCUGUCGUCUCAGGGAACACUGUCAGAGCCUCAGGAGGGCUACAGUAACUCAGAGAACGGAAGCCACCAGCAGCUCAUGCCCUCUCAUGCUAACGGUUACAUCCAUAAAGGCACCGAUGGAGUAUGUUAUGGUGAAGUAAGCAGCGAUGUUGAUCCAGAUGCCAAUGGAAUGCUGGGUAGUCGCGUAGGCUCUUUCUUUGCUGGACAUAACAGCUUCCAUCGGAGUGAACCAAGAGAAGGACAGUCAAAUAUCCCUAACGGAGGUGCGGGCGCUCUUGUGAUCUGCUCUGACUGCUACGAUAAUGCUAAUAUCUACUCGCGCACACGUGAGUACUGCCCGUAUGCCUACCUGACUGAGGAUGACCCACUCGUGGCUCAGAUUUCUCGGGACGGACCUCAAGAGCGGGAUCAACACUCUGAGAAUUCGGACGCGGUGUUGGAGAGCUUCAUAAAUCAGCAGAACGCAUCAGUGUUCCUCAGCAACCAUGAACCACGACUAUCAGCGUCACAACACUACAGCACUGAUAUCCCAGGCAGGUCAUUUUGGGAUGCUGAGGAUACCCACUCUUCCAUCCUUGCCCAGGGCUCAGUGACUGUACACAACUCCCCGGUGUGCCCAUCCACUGGGGAUGACCGUGAGGAGAGGAGGGGGGCACUGGAGGAACCCUCAUACAGGACUAACCCGCAGGAAAGCACCUCUGCACCCACAUAAACCCAACCCAUCCCAUCCCUGUGCUCUCCAAUCAUCAUCACCGCCCUGUCCUUCAGUGUCCCGCCAGUGCCCUCACUCCACUACCUCCUUCGAGAAGCCUCAUUGUCUGCCAAAUGAAACGCCUCUCUCUUCAAUGUUUACACCUGUUAAUCCUUCGUGUUUCUUUGGAGCUCAUUGGGAUAUGUGUGUAAAAACUCAAAACAGGAGACGCAUUUCCCGCUUUCACCAUUCCUUCCUGGUGUGGUUUCGAGCCCUGAAUGUAAUGUUUUCCAAGAGCUCCACUAUUCCUACCUUUAUCCCAUGACGUAUGAAUUAUUCCGUGAUUGGUUUGAACGUUGAGCCUCUUUGCAUAUGCCAAAAAAGCUUGACCCAGAUGUCUUUUUUUCUCUGGAUCUUUCUGAAUGCUGUUGCUGGACAUCGGACUGCCAAAAUUGAGCAGCGACUGACUUCGGAGGGUCAAUUACCCGUAUUGCAUUUCUCAUUGCUGUUGGCAAGCGGUACUGACUGCUGACCGAUAAUGUGUUAACAGAGUUGACAGCUCUGUUGUUUCCACUUGUUAUUGUACGCCAGAGUUACUGUUAUUUGUCAUUAAUAAUGCAUUUUGUUUUGCUCUUCACAAAAACGCAAACAUAUUCCUCAGUUGCUCUCUGUUUUCGUGAGGCACUAUAAUCGAAUUGAAUAUAUUGCACCUUUGACAAUCCGCCCAGGACAGCCUUACGAAAAUUGUGAUUUGCUCGCUCGCUUUUUUAUUUUUCCUAUCCUUUAUUUGCAUAUUAUGCUUUCGUCUCGUUUUUUUUAUUUUGUGAUAUCUUUUUAAGGGUUAAGAUUGUACUGUUCGGCACCCUAGUGGUGUAGAAAUCACACACUUCACCUUUACAGUAUGUCCGUGUGCUGUUUAUAUAUGUAUUAUUACAUAUAUGUUGAGUUAAAGUCUAAUCCGUCCGGUACAUGCUGUUAUGUGAGUAGAGCUUCUGAAAAAAUUGAAUAUUCUGUCUGUAAUUACUCAACCUCCACUUGUUCCCAAACCUAUUUAAGUUUUUUUUGUUCUAUUAAACAAAAAAAAAAGAAGAUAGUUUGAAGAAUGCUUGAAACGGCCAUUAUUUUCAUUGUACUUUUUUAUUCUAUGGAUGUCAAAGUCUGCCAGUUUCUGACAUUCUACAAAAUAUCUUCUUUUGUAUUCAACAGAAUAAAGAAACUCUAGGGAUAGAAAUGUAUUAACUCCAUUUUCAAGGUUAAAAACAAUUGACAAUUAAGCAUAGGCCGACUUAAUUAGUUUUAAUGUUUUCUCAGUGGAUGGACAGCUGGAUUUUAGUCCUCUUGCGUGUAAACAUGGUCUUAAGAGAGGUGAGCUGUGUCCAAAAGCUACAAACUUCUUUCUUCCCACUCAUUUAGCACACACCUUUUAAGGAAAGCCAUUUCACGCUGACUUUCACAGCACUGUAAAAUAACCUCUAAUGAUCUCGAACUAAUUUAAAUGAGCCUCAGAGAUAAGCAAGGGAAUAUUUAAUCACCGCAAUUAUAAUUUCUCUGAAUUUAGAGGAAAGAAGGACUACGAUUGGAUUUACUGCUUUUUAGACACUCAGUUAGAAUAAAUUUAUUCUUCCAAUUAUAUUUGUUCUGUAAGCCCAAUGGCAUGCGUGUGAUUGGUGGAUAUUUUAUUAACAAAUUAACAAAAGUAUCCUGAGGAAAGAUUGACACUUGCCUUAAAGGAACACUUUUUUUUUUUUAAAUAGAUGUUAUUGGUCUAAUCCGAUUCAUUGAUCUAUGCUAAGCUAAGCUAAACGUGUUUCUUCCAGAUCCAGAGAUCAGCCAAGCUCUAGGAGAGUUGUAAAAUGAGCCCGUUUCCAAAAAAAGUGGAGUGUUUCUUUUAACACAAUUUUCUCUUCGGGCACAGCUACUGCCUUUAUUAUUUUUUUUGUAGUCCAUUUCAUUAAUUUGAAAUUGUAUAGUCUGAAAUUGCGUGUCAGGUGAAAUAUUACAAGCUUUUGAACGUUGAAUUCAAAAGCCAAGUCAGGUUUACCAGUGUUCAACAAAAUUUUACCAACACAAUAAUUUUUCCAAAACGAAGAGUAGUUGGAGAUUUCAUUCAAGUGUGAAGUUUUGCCAAUGAUUUUAACACGAUCGCCUCUUUAGAGAAAACCUACUCUCAGGUUCUUGACCAUUUGGAUUGACUGCUUGAUGACCCAAACUGUUUAUGGAUUAAAAUCUUUGAUUAACUUUUGCCUUAAAGGAACACUCUUCAACCCUUUUCUUUUGCUAAUAGUUUCAUCUGAUUCAAUGAUCUUUGCUAAGCUAAGCUAAAAGUGUCCCUUCUAGACCCAGAGGUUGGCUGAAUGGAUUAAAAAAAUGAUAAACUUCGAGAUUUCUUCACUUGGAGAGUUGUAGAAUGAGCCGAUCUCCAAAAAAGGUAGUGUUUCUAAAUACAUUUUUACCUCCAGAAAAAAAAUUCUCUUUUCGGACAAAGCUGCAACCUUGCUUAAUAAAGUCCAUAUCAUGAACUGAAAAUCUCAUGUCAGGUGAAAUAUUUCGUUUCAGCUUUUGAACAUUGAAUACAAGUCUAGUCAAGUUUUCCAAUGCGCAGCAAAAUUUACAGACAAAAUAAUUUUUGUUGUUUAUUUCAUUCGAGUGUGAAGUUUCACCAAUGAUUUUGUUAACACGAUCGUCCCUUUAGAGAAAAUCCACUCUCAUGUUCUUGACCAUCUGGACUGACUGCUUGAUGACCCAAACCAUGUUUAUGGAUUCCAAUCUUUGAUUGACAUUUGCCUUAAAUGAACACUCCACCUUUUUCGGAUAAAGAUGCUAAUGGUCUAAUCUGACUCAAUGAUCUAUUCUAAGCUACGCUAAUAGUGUCCCUGCCAGACCCAAAGGUUGGCUGAAUAAAUUCAAAAAUGGUAGAACUCAAUGGUUUAACUCUUGGAGAGUUGUUGAACGAGCCUAUUUCCAAACAAAAAGUAGGAUUUCUUAACAUUUUUUACCUCAAGAAAAAAAAAACUCUUUCUCUUUUUGGAUACAGCUACAACCUUGCUUAUGAAGUCCAUAUCAUGAACUGAAAAUGUAUAGUCUCAAAUUUAAUGUCAGGGGAAAUAUUUCCCUUCAGAAGCUUUUGAACACUGAAUAUAAGUCUAGUCAAGUUUUCCAGUAAAGUGAGUUAUUAUUUUAACAUGAUCACCCCUUUAGUAAAAACUACUCUCACAUUCUUGCCCAUCUCGAUUGACUCCUUAAUGACCCGAACUCUAAAUUUAGAAACUUCCAUAACUUUGCUCACUCACAUUUGCACUUUUUAUUUUCUUGAACCUACAAAAAAGCUGGAUCUUUCUCUGCAGCAGAUAUCUGUGGUCACUAUCUUCCUUGCUGUCUUUUAAUGGAAAUGAUUCAUUUCAGACGCUCUCCAACUGUGAUAACGACCUCUUGAUUUGCAUAUUCAUUUGUUGCAUUUUGCACAAUCUCUUGCCUUGCUGUUAGCUAUACAAUUACUCUAAUCAAGAGACCUUGAUGCCAGAUGAUGCGGCUGACUCCUCGCUGCGUCAAUUUCCCUUGUUGAAAGGAAAGGAGUGUGUAUGUGUGUCAUCAGCGGCUUCAUUUAAAACAUCCACAUUUUUUUGAAUUGCUGUUAGUGUUUGCUUGGCCUCUCUUGGUACAGCUUGUGGGAGGCGAACACAAAGCAACAUCAUUUAAAAGUGAUGCAAGUGAAUAGCAGAUUUAUUUUACUCUGAAUUACGUAGGACUCUGUUGGGAUCUUUUUAUUUAGUUGUGUGCGAAUUUAAACCAAAGAAGAAAAACGUUCCUGCCUUCUGCCAACCAAAGCUUAGCUUCAGUGCUUUGACAAUAUUUAAAUGCUGCUUUUAUAAAUAUUGUUUUGUGUAUUUUUUUUUGUAUGCUGUACCUGUACAUUCUGUAAAGCAUGUAUAAAGAACAUUGUUUCAGAAAGUUCUGACAUUUAGCUGACAUUUAAACAUUAAAAUGAAUUCAGAUGCA